GUGACAUAUCCACUGCGAGCAGAGCUGUCCCGGAAAUAUAUGUUUGCUUAUUUAAUUUAUUUCAAAAUGAGCAGUACUGACAGAAACGUGUUCAUAUAACAUCAGCUCAUCGACAUUUAUUUCUGUAGAGCCUUAAAUAGUGGUUGGACGCGAUAAAACGCCGCUUAGAAAAAUUGAAGAUGGCAGCUCUAACAUGUGUGCGGCUGUGUCCUCGCCACGCAGCUGCUGGCCUUCAGGUCUGUGGUUAUGCGACCUUCGGCAAUGUACGACCACCCCAGGAGAAGAACACCAGCGGUGAGAUUUUCCAGUAUGUGGGGGAGCACAAAAAGAAGACACACAAAGUGUUCGUGUGGGGCUACAGCUUCACCGGGGCCCUCGGGAUUCCCAGCUUCGUGGUGCCGGACAGCGGCAGGAAAAAACCCAGGAAGUGUCAGCUCACUCCGUACCGCCUGGAAAUGGCAGAGCGGUCUUCAGUAUGGGCAACAACGCGUACGGCCAGUGUGGGCGGAGCAUAGUUGAAGAGGAGGUCUACAGCGGAAGCCACCUCGUCCACAAGAUAGAUGGGUUCAGCAGCCGGGUGGUCCAGGUGGUGUGCGGUCAGGAUCACAGCCUGUUCCUCACAGAGACGGGGAGAGUGUUCUCCUGUGGGUGGGGGGCCGACGGACAGACGGGUUUGGGGCACCACAACGUCAGCUCCCAGCCCGUGGAGGUUGCAGGAGAUCUGGUGGGCGUGGAGGUGCAGCAGGUCAGCUCGUAUGGAGACUGCAGCCUGGCUGUGUCCAGAGACGGACAGCUGUUUGGCUGGGGGAACUCUGAGUACCGACAGCUGGCCUCGGUCACAGAGUCCACACAGAUCAACACUCCUCGUCAUCUUCCUCUGAGCGGUUGUGGGAAGGUGGUCCAGGCGGCGUGCGGCGGCACGCAGGUGGCUGUUCUCAACGACCAAGGCGAGGUGUUCGUUUGGGGCUACGGCAUUCUGGGAAAAGGCCCGAACCUGUCGGAGUCCUCCACCCCGGAGAGGAUUCCCCCCACGCUGUUCGGACGCUCCGAGUUUAACCCCUCGGUGCCCGUGGCUAAAAUCAGGUGUGGCCUCAGCCACUUUGCUGCGGUGACGGAUCAAGGUGAACUCUUCGUUUGGGGGAAGAACACCAGAGGCUGUUUGGGCAUCGGGAAGAAUGACAAUCAGUACUUCCCGUGGCGGGUGACGGUGCCGGGCCAAGUGGUGGAUGCAGCGUGUGGCGUCGACCACAUGGUGGUGCUGGUGAAGUCCCUCCUGUGAGCUGCUGGUUUGAGGAUAAAAACACCAGAUGUUUGUUCAACCAGAACAAAAACCAGAACUGCUUUGUCUUUCUGAGGAUUUGUUUGGAGUUAGACAUUUUUUUUAAAACUCAAACAUAUAAAUAAAACUUCUGAAAUGUAAA